AUGCAAGAGACGAGAGCUUCAAUUCAGAACUUGGAAGUACAAGUGGGUCAAUUUAGCAAGAGGAUACCUGAGAGACCUCCUAAAACUCUUCCUGGUGACACAGAGGUAAAUCCAAGAGAAAAGUGCAAGGCCCUCACCAUGGUCAAAGAGUCCGAGCCUAAGGAGGUGCAUGUUGCUGAGGAAUUGAAGGAAGAAAAGGCUCAAGAAAAGGCUAGAAGCACAUUGUUACAUUCCCCAUUGGUGGCACAGGAGCCUGAAGUACCACACACUCAAAAGCUUCAAGAGGAGACCAAGGAUGACCAUUUCACUCAGUUCUUGGAAAGCUUUAAAAAGUUGCACAUCAAUAUUCCUUUUGCUGAGGUGAUGGAGAAGAUGCCUUCCUAUAUGGCAUUCAUGAAAGGCUUACUCUCUGAUAAGAAGGCCUUGAAAGGUGAUGAAACUGUGGUCUUGACCAAGGAGUGCAGUGCACUGAUUCAGAGAAAGUUACCCAAGAAGAUGCCUGAUCCAGGAAGCUUCCUGAUUCCUUGUACCUUUGGGACUAUUACUUUUGAGAAAGCACUGUGUGAUCUUGGUUCAAGCAUAAAUCUGAUACCUCUGUCUGCAAUGAAGAAGCUGGGAAUCCAAGAAGCACAAGCAACAAGGAUAACCCUACAAACGGCUGACAACUCUCUGAGGCAGGCAUUUGGGCUAGUGGAGAAUGUACUGGUCCAGGUUGGAGAGCUAUUCCUCCCCGCAGAUUUUGUGAUACUUGACAUGGGAGAAAAUACAGAUGACUCAAUCAUCCUAGGAAGGCCAUUCCUAGCCACUGGAAGAGCCAUAAUUAAUGUUGAGAGAGGUGAAAUGGUGCUGAGGUUACAUGAGGACUACAUGGUUUUCAAGAAAUCACGAUCGUCAAUAACUGACAAGUCCUCUACCUCUGCAAGACUAGCUUUUCCUCACCUCAUCUACUGCCUUUGUACAGCAGCUGGAGCGAACAUUGAUGGGAAUACCCCGAUCGAUAUUAAUAGACUAAUCACUAGGAGGGGUAUGAAGCAUGUUCAUGCUAAGGAGCUCGGGCAUGGACCACAGCAAGAGCCAGUUCCUCCUCCUCCUCAGCAACAGGAGCAGCAACCUGAGAUGCCUCAGGGAUACUAUUUCCUUUCCCGGGACUACUGGGACUAG